AUGACAAUUGUGACAAAGAACCGAGAAUUCAAGGUGCAUAAGGUGAUUGUUUGCGGACAAUCUGGGGCUUUCUCCCAUGCCCUUAGAAACGACUGGAUGGAAGCAAAAACGGCCACGGUAGAUCUUGCCGAAGAUGACCCUACAACUAUUGAAGCGAUGAUCCACUUCAUGUAUGGUAUCAACUAUGAAAACAGUAGCAGUGACCACGAUCGUGGUUUCCCAAUGCUAUUCAACAUCAGGGUCUACCAAGUGGGAGACAAAUACGACGUGCCGAAACUGAAAUCGCAAGCAAGGGAAAAUUUUAUAAACGCUCUCGAAAAAAAUUCGAAGAUAGAUGAUCUUCCUCUUGCCAUUGCGGAUGCGUACCAAAAAACAGUUUCGACUGACCGUGGCCUCCGUGAUCCAAUUCUCAGCACUACCUUGUGUCAUAUCGAUGCGUUGCUGGAAAAUGAAAGUUUCAAACAAGUCCUACAGGAAACCAGCAAUUUUGCGGUUGACCUUGUCCAAAGACAAGCCCAAAUGACCGGGAUGAAGGUGUACAGGUGUCCGCAUUACAACCAGCAAUAG